AUUUUAAAUUUACCAUCAUUUAUCAAUAUUAAUUAUCAUUUAUUAUUAUUAUUACAAUAAAUUAUUUCCAUAAUUAUAUUAUUACUUAUUAGUUAAAUAUUUUAAAUAAAAUUAAAUCUUUUGCACUAAUAGCAUAGAAUAGAUUUAAUAAGUAGUAAUUUAAUUGUAAGUUAUUAGUUGAUUUUUUUUAUAACACAAUAUGGAUUCAAUCAUUUCUGAGAUGGAAAAAUUAUUACUAUCUGGUAGAGAGGACUGUAAUAUCCAAGACAUUAUAGGAGAAUCUGCAGGUAAAAAUAUUGAUGAUUUGUUGAUUGAAGCUGAUAAAAUAAUUGGUGAAACACUUCCAUUCUUCCAAACAUAUUCAAAUACAAAAGUUAAAUCAUCAAAAGACCCUAAAAGUAUACAAAAUAAUACUAGGAUUAUACCAGCACAGCCUAAAAUUGAAAGGAAUGUCACAAAAAAAGUUAAUUUUAAUUUAAAAAAUAAUUCUCAAAGUAUUUCAACUCCAGAGAAACAUUCAAAUACAACAGAAAAUUAUGGAAAAUUAACUAUAAAUAAGUAUAUUAAAGAAGAAGAAAGAAAAAAUCAUAAUAUUCGUUCUCCAUCUUUAAAAAAAUGUACAACUGAGUUAAAAAUUCUUGAUCCUGAAAUAAACUUUAUAAAAUCUCAUUUUAAAGUGAGUUCAUCUUUAUUGGAAAAUCACAAUCGGCUACAAAGUAUGUGUAACAGACAUGAUAAAUUUGCUAAUAAUAAUAAAACACAGGACCAAAUUAAUAAAUUAAAAUUGGAAGAAGAAUUAAAAUAUUAUAAAUUGAAAAAUAAUGAGCUUGAAAAAAAUCUUUUAUUUAAAGAACAAGAAAUUCACAAUUUGGAAAAUCGAUAUCAGCAAUUAAGUCAGUAUUGUGAAUCAUAUUUGAAAAAAAAUAUUGAAGAGACAUUAAAGAGUUACGAUUUUCAAUUAAAUGAACUAAUUGAACGUAAUAUGACUAGAGAAUCACAGUUACAUAUUAUAAUUGGUAAUCUCCUUGAAGAAAUUGGACAAUCGCAUUAUCAAUACAGAAUAAAACUAUCAGAAAAAAAUAAACAAAUACGAAAUUAUCUCGAUCAAAUAGAAACAAUACUUGAUAAUGUUUACAAAUUUAAAAAUAAUAAUAUAAAAAUAUAGCAUUUGUAAAUUAUCAACACCACAUUGACAUUACAAUCAUUUAAAAAGAAAUUUUACAUUUUGUAUGAACCGAUAAGUUGUGAACACAUUCAUAGAUGGAGUAUGAUCAAGAUAAACCGAUGGAUUUCGAUUUCAGUGAUUGGAUAGUAAAUAUGAUCAAGCUUAAAUAAUAAUAUAACUGAUCAAAAGUUACUUACAAAUUAUUUUCCGAAAUCGUGCAGACGUUUGCAUUCGAGUGUGAGCCAAGAAGAGCCAAGAAGAAAACAACGCCAACUACGAUUGAUAGAAUCCUAAAAUUAUACCAAUUGACAGUGUUAAUUUAAAGACAUUUAUUCAAAUUAUAAUUAUGUAAUCGUAUAUGUGUAUACAAAUAGUAAUAAUUUGUUCGUAUAAUUAUGAUAUGAGCUUAACGAGGUACGAUUGUACAAGAAAUGUGAAAAAAAUACGAAUGUGUAAAAUAUAUUUUUUGCUCCAAAUUCUUCAA